AUGGCUAUUCGGCAUGGCAAUUGUAACUUUCGGAAUCUCGAGUUCAACACUGUUUGCGGGUGUCAGGAAUUCAUGCCUGAAGAGGAAGAUGGAGUCUCAACAGGGCUCCUAUCAUCUGGGGGGCGUGCACGGAAGACGUGUCUUUGCGGCCACUUUGUAAACUUCCAUUCGAAACACGCCGAAGAUUCUCGCGAGCCCAAGAAACAGCAACAGUAUGGAGAUAGCUUUCGAUCCGCAAGGCUUAGGUCUGGUGCGACUAGUCCGACCUCAAUCGUCGCCUUGACAAAUGGUAGACCGACACCGAUGACGACGCAACCGCAAGACUCUUCGGAUCGAUACAAUCUUUCAAAGACUUUUGAAGAUCCUCCACGAUACCAAUCGAAUCACCAAACUCGAGUACUCCCAGGAAGCUUUGGUGGUGACACCGGACUUGGAAUCGGUUUGCGGGCCGCUCGAGAUGCGGGUGGAUCCAAUGGCGCCCAAUCAGGCGACUCGUCAGCAGUCACCGAGGUAGCUCCGCAUCUCAAUUUUGCCCAUAGUCGUAAUAAUAGUCGUGCUGGCCAAGUGCUUGCUGAAAUGCGACGGGAGCAGCGUGGUGGGUCUCUUUUACAAUCCACACGUUCGCCACCAAAGUCGACCCAUCAAGUUUCUGUGCAGCAUACGGGCUCGUCCAAGGGGCCUGCAGAUGAUGCGACGGUUGCAUCAACUGUGGCGGAUUCCCAAAUUAUUACGGGACAGGAUCGGUAUCUCGAAUUUGAUCGAAGAGUCAAUGGUGCUCUGCAUAUUGUGCAUGGCUUGUCGCAGGCGUUUCUCCCGCUUAACCUGCAAGAAAGGAUGCGACUAGGGGCGCCCACUGACACAAGAGAUACAUCUCCAUAUAUCGCAUUUGAUGAGCGAGAGCAUUCAAAUGAUGAGCUGCAGAGGCAAACGUUGGCGAUUGAAGCCCAGUUAAUAAGCCUUGCCAAAACAGUUGCUGGGCGUUUGAACCCUGGCCUCGCAAUAAAUGACGAGCCCCGGAAUCGGAUAGAGGAGCUCCCACAGAGUGUCCCGACAGUAACCCAACUCCAGGACUCACACAGACCACUUGAGUCCACUCCAUUACCUGUAGUAUCGCCAAUUGACAAUGUAGUUACUGCACCCCUGAGGCCAGAACCCGUUCCAAAUCCAUCCACAGAGAUCGCGGUCAUCGAGGAGGAGGAGGAAGAAGAAGAAGGAGAGGAGCGGGAGACAGCUGCUGUACCAGCUAGUGGCCCCGUACCCCUACUCCCAGGUGUGACUGAGUCUUUCGUCAAUCGGAGGCUGCAUGAUAUCAGUGAAAAGGUGGACUUGCAAGAAGAAAUGUGUAACGAUGUUAUCAAAUUUAAGAAUGACACGGAAGAAGAGAUUACUGAAAUGGGCGCCAACGUCUUCACCCUUGAAGAGAGGCUCAAUAACAUGGAAAAUCAGUUCCAGAGAUACAUCGAGGAUCGUGAGCAAAGUUUCCGGAAUUCGAAGCGGGCUCGUGAUGAGGAAGAAGAAGGCUCAAGCAUGGAGAAGAAGAAGCGGAAAAAGCGAAGACGUGAGCGGGAUGCUACAACAGUUGAACUUCGAACCCCGUCAUCUGUUGGGCCGGCCGAAAAGAAUUAUGUCUCGAAAAAAGUCGCUCGAGGCUCCGAGGUCAACCAACUCAUCGACGGUACCUUCAAACAGACCCUUACCACUACAACCUCCUUCACACGAACUCACUCAACUUCUACCUCUUUUACCUCGACUUCUUCCUGUUCCACUUCAACAAAAUUCAACCAGACCGCCUUAAUCAAAUCGCUUUCUAGUCAAAUAGGAGUUCUACAACAGCGCCUUCAGCAGGUGGAAGCUGUAUCUGCGCCAUCAACCGAACGCCCUUGGGUCGUUCAAGUCAUAGUUCUUCCACAAUGUACUUGGACAACCUGGAGACCCACCAAAGAGGGGGACUUACUCGAGCAGCAAAGAGGCCCGAGAGUUAUACCACCUUCGGGUAGAGCCUGGAAACGCCUAAACUCUCGAGGACUCAUUAAGUGCCUCGAGAUUACCGGGGGCGAAUAUCGGGAUAUUGAGAGAGCUAUUCGAAAGGCUUUUGGGGCGGUAUUAAAUGCUCUUUUCGAAGCUAGCGAGAUUUCCACCCAGCAACAAUCUCCAUAUGAUUGGUCACCCUUGCGCAAGGUUCCGGACCAACUUACACUUCGUGCCUUAUCGACUGAAGAGAUGAGUAGGCAGUUUUGGAAAAUCGAUUUCCUCCGUGGCACUUGUGCUGAGGAUAUUUGUUUACGCGCUGCUCAAAGCCCACGAUCUCCAAACGUCCCGUCUUCGGAUACUCAGACAAGGAAUAGCCAAGCAGUUAGAUGCUCACCGCAGAAAAUUCAACUAAAUAGGCCGACACACCGAUUGUACAUCACCAAUUGCUGGACUGCGGGUAUGGGCGCCUCUUGGGACACCGCUGGAGACAAUACUCAAUUGUCAUCCGUUAACUCAAAACGACGUACUGGAUCAGCAGUUAGCACCCAGGUCUCAUCAGUUGGUACUAGCAGCCUUCGAAGGAAGUCCAAGCUUGACGUCCGGAGUUCAACCAGCCCUAAGAUUGGAGACCAUAACUAUCGAAGUGUAUGGUCUGAAAUACGUAAUCUCCCGCCAGCAAGCGUGUAUGUUCAAGACAGCAAGCAUGAGAUCUCCAGCGUAAAGCCGAAACUAGUAGAGGAUGAGGCAUUCUGGUACUAUGAUGCUCUUCUCGACGGUCCUCGGGAUGAUAGUAGUUCCUCGGGGGAAGCUAGUGGAUCGGAGGCAGCGCAGUCUAGCGGUAAAGAGGAUGGCCAGGAUCAAAAACUGCUGAGGUCUACCCAACGCUCGUCCUCUUCUUCCUCUAGCCGCCGGAAAGACACCCACCGAUCACAAAGGGUGGCCACGCACCCGACAAUUUAUGAAACAGGAAUGAGCAUGUCGCUUACACAACAGCCCCCAUUGCUUGUUUCACAGGCUUCCCUAAACGGGCGUCCUGCCCCUAGCCUCUCGAGGAACAGCUCCAGAAAUCUCGGUGAUGGUGACCCUGCAAGUGCGUCCUUGGGAGCGUUUAGUCAUGACUCUGAUAGCACACCGAAGGCUCGAAGUUUCGUGAAUACCCAGAACUCCUCAUUCCAAAACACGAUCUGCCCCCCAACUCAGCCAGCAUACACGACGAAGGGUACAGUCCCUACCGUGCCUCCUACAACCAGGGUUUUGCGAAGCUCCCGACGUGUUCAAGAAUCACAACUGAAGAAGGAACCGAAGGACACUAGUGGCGAGAAGACCCCCACUAACUCUAUGGUGGGAGACCGGAUCCCUUCGCAAACCCCCCUGCUCAACCGAGAAAGCAGCAAAGGAAGCACAGUCGAGCAAUGGGAAGACGCACCAGCACGACUCUCUAGAGCGUCAACAGUCGAAGACCAUCCGCCGGCAUCCCUACUAGUAAAUCCUCACAACUCGGAGGAAAUGAACGCUGAGUUGAAACUCAAGUAUGGGCAUGACCAUGCAUCUUUCAGCAAGUAUAUUGAACCAUUGGCACCCCUCAGCGCCAGUCUCCCUCUACCUGAGAAGCGUAGGGGCCGCUCCAAGGAAUAA